AUGAUUGUUAUAAAGCGGUAUCGUGUGGUGUCUGCAUGUAUUCUUUGCUUUCUCUAUAAUUUAAAUUACAUAGCUGCAUAUGUCGGAACAGUCCGUAAGACAUCGGUUUCUCGCUCUUCCUAUGCAAUCUUGGAUAUUAACGAUACUUCAAUAACGGUUACAGGUGAUGAUUUCGAGGAUACAUGUAUUCUUGGUGAAGGAUUUUUUGGACAAGUUUUCAAAAUGCGUUUGAAAUCAACAAAAGAAUCAUUUGCGGUUAAAAAAAUACCAUUUUGCAAUUUGGAUCCACGUAAUCCAGAUAUGAUAGCAGAUUUGGAAAUAGGGAAAUUGCAUCCACAUCCAUUUUUAUUACGAUCUUAUUGUGCUUUCACUCAUGUAGAUUCUGUUUGGAUUUUAUUAGAACUUAUGGAUAUCUCGUUAGAUGUACUUCUAAAUAAAGUAAAGGCACUCAAUGAAUACAUUCCUGAAAAUGUUUUGAAGCAUAUAACAUUUUCAAUUGUUUCAGCAUUAUAUUAUUUACGAUUCGAUAUGAAUAUGAUUCAUCGUGAUAUAAAACCGGCUAACAUGUUAGCUAACAAAAGUGGAGAAAUAAAAUUAGGAGACUUUGGUACUGCCGUCACCCUUUCCAACUGCGAAAUUUUAACAGAUGUUGGAUCAUGGCGUUACCUUGCUCCAGAGCGUGUAAGCUGUGGUUCUAUAAAAAGUUAUGGAGUUAAAUCUGAUAUUUGGUCUUUAGGCCUAAGCAUUUAUGAAUUGGCUACUGGUACAAACCCAUAUGAACCGCCUAAAGAUCCUGUAGAUGCAUUCAAUCAGAUUGUAAAUCGUGAUCCUCCAAGUCUUUCAAGUGAUCUACCAUAUUCUAAUCAUUUACGAGAUUUUUUAAAUAUGUGCCUUAUUAAAGAAGUUAAUGAACGAGCAGAUUACAAUGAUUUACUAGUGUCAGAUUUUAUUCGAUCCGUUGAUGUCAAUUCUCAUUUGAUUACAACAGCACAAUUCUUAGUGAAAUAUAUUUAA